AUGUCGAGUCGCGCGUGGCAAGUGGCUACAGUAGCGACUGCAACUGCAGCGGCCGUGCCGCUUGUGUGCUGGCAGUACCGCCGAUACAUCGCGCUGAAGAAACGUCGCGAGGACAUCAAGCUGUUGAGAAAGGUGGAAUUGAUCGCUGCAGAGGUUGCUGUCCGGGUGAUGCACUUAGAGGCGCAAGCAAACGAAUUGGUGAGCGAGGAGGCCACAAAGGAGGCAAGAGAAGAGAACUUUGUGGCAACAUCUGCGUUGAAUUCCUAUUAUCAUUUCGACUCGCAGGGUAACAAGCUGAAAACAAAGUGGGACUCUUUUGACGCGGACGUUGAGCUGAAGCGACUCGAGAACGAAGAGCGAGAAGCUGAAGGCGCAUCAGCUGCUCAGGCAGCUACGAAGCCAGUGCGCUUGGCUCCGCAUCUCACCCGGUCCGACAUUCUUGCCGCAUCCAAAGGCGUUGAGCACGAGCUCGAGGCUGUGCUGUCGUUUUUGGACGACAUUCGCGGAGACAAAGAGGUGAAACAGCUACGCAAGGUCCUUGCUACUAGAGUUACGAAGGAGUACCUCCCACGUAUUGACGCGAUUCAGGCAAUGCUCGCCUGA